AUGAAUAAAUAGAGACGUUAGAAAAUACUGCCAAUACAAUAGAUUUAGGCUAAACUUAAAUAGCUGAAACAAAGCAUUCGAGCAAGUGAGAUCAAGUCUUUGAGAUCAUCAUGUUUAUUUACUGAAACCACUCCAAAUGAGAAAUUGGAUAUUAAAACAAAAUAGAAUCAAAAUAGUAGUGUAGAUGGAAGGACCAUGUAUGUAAAGCCUAAUUUCAAAAAAAAGAUGAAAACAACUAAAAGGUAUAAAAGAAAAUAAUAUCAAAAGUCCUUAAUCAAUGAAAGUCAAAACAAGCUCGAUUAUUACACAAUCUAAAACAACAGUAUCUCCCAAGAAGCCCUUAAAAGAUAUUUUAAAAAGUUAUAUUAAAAGUAAAUUCCCAAAAAGCAGAACAACUUCAAAAUCCAAAUCACCUUAAAAGUUAAAAAAAGUCUAAAGUCCAUAAUAAAGAUAAAUUAGAAGUUAAAGCAAAAAGAAACAAAAUUAAAAGCAAAAAACGAUAGUAAGUCCUCAAAUGAAGAAAUCUAAGAAAUAAAAAACAUAGGUGCAGUAUUAUCAACCACAAAUAAGUAAGAUCAGUUCAAUCAGAUUAAAUACAUUUUCAGUGAGUGAGGAUCCUCAUAAAAUGUUAUUAAAUUCAAUAAUCGAAGAAUUGUAAUUGAUGAAUGAAAAAUAAAUGAUUGAAUUACAAUAGUUUCUGAAAAACAUCAAAUAAGAAAAGAAAGAUGAAGCAUAAUAAACAAGCAUACAUGAAAAAUUUGAUAUUCAAAAAUAGCAUCAAUAAUUAGCAUUUCAAGAAAGUCUUCCUUUAAAUAUUAUAAAUGAAAUAUGCCAUUAAAGAGAGGAAGGUAUCAAACUUCGUGUUAAUAUGUAAAUGGAUGCAUUUAACAAUUUACUAUAAUAAUAAAAAAUAUCUCCUAGAUCUUUCAAAAAUAAUAAUCAACUUCUUCAGCAAUGGGAAAUCAAAUAAACUGAGAAGUUGUAGUAAUAUUAAGAAAAACUCAAGAACAUCUAAAAUGUUACCAAUAAGAUAUAAUAAAAAACUCAAAAAGAUUUGUAGUGUAUACAAGAAUUAUAAGAAAAUAAAUUUAUUGUAGUUUAAUAGUUAUGUAAUAAAAUUAAUAUUAUUUAGAGUAAAUUUCAUUCGAAUCUAGUUCUUUAGAUUAUUCUGAUAUAUAAUUAAGUACUCCUAAAUAAUAGUAAAACAUAAAUUUCAAAAGAAAAGACAUAGUAAUUGAUAUUGAUUUUUAACCAUAACAAAAUAUAGUUGAAAUUUAAACUAACGUUGGAACUAUUAGUUUAUUCGUUGAAGUCCUUUGUUAGUAUAUCACGGGUAGAUAAUUAUGAUUUAAAUUAGAAACGAACUUAAGCUCUUUCAUUAAGAGAAUGAACUAUCCUUUUGGUUUAUAACCAUAUAGUAAACUCCGAUAAAUUCAUGGACAUGAAAUUAUAGAGGAUGAUAAAUUUUAAUAUCCGAUAUAGGAUUUCAUAUUUACUGAAUUACAAGUAUGAUAUUAUCAUAGAAUAAGCAAAAUAGUUCCUUAUAUGAAAAAAUUCACAAUAGAGCUAUAUUUGACACUUUCAAUCAAAUUCUAAAUUAAUAUCGUCCAUUUUAUUACUGUAAUGGAUAACCUUAUCCUUGGGAAUAUAAUAGAAAUCUCGUUGUCGUCUUAUACAAUAAUGAAAACAUCAAUUUAUUGUUAGAGAAAGCUAAAGAAAAACUUAUAUUUUAUGCGUCCAUUUUAUGCGGAUUAAUUAAUGAUGAUGAAGAAUUUGCUGAAUAAUUCUUAAGUUAUGAAUAAGCAAUAUAAAAUCUACUCAAUUCUGAUUAUUUAUCCUAAUUACGAAACGAACGAUUAUAAUUAUGUAUCAAUAAUGAAGUAAUUAAUGAUAAUAUAUUAUAAAGAUACAAGAAAAUGAGUAUAUGUGGUCAUAUACUGACAAAACUGAAACCUUGGUUGAAAUAACAGAUCACAUUUUCGAAGAUUUAAUAAAUGAAUUAACACUUGAAUUAUUAUGA